AUGCCGCGGCGAAAUGGUCCCUGGGAUUCUGGAAACCGGCGGUCCUGCUCUAGCAGGAUUGUAACCGCCGCGACGCCAGGCGCAGCCGGGGGAAUGCGCGCACCCCCCGCUUCCCCUUUCGCUUCCCCCAGUUCCACCUCCCCGCGCUCCGCUAUCCCCGGCUCCGCGUCCCCCCAUUCCGCUCUGCGCACCCUCCAAACUCGUAGGCAAUCCCGCUCUAGCCGCAUCACAACCGCUGCAGCGUCAAAUGCCCCGGGUGGAGCUUCCGCCUCCCCCGCAUCCGCGCCCGCUGCGCCUAGGCCCGGCGCGAGCGGAGGCGGGGAGGCGCUUAUAUCGGGGGAAGGGCUGGCGAAGAGCUUCGGAAUGGACGUUCUUUUCGAGGGGCUGGAUGUGACUAUAAGCAGAGGGCAGAAGCUGGGGCUGCUGGGGCGGAACGGAUGCGGUAAAAGCACAUUGCUGAGGAUACUAGCGGGGAUGGACGCACCUGAUAAGGGCAAGGUGCAGCGCCGGCGGCACCUGAACCUGGCGUUUCUCGCUCAGGACCCCGAUUUACCCGCGUCUCUGUCUCUUCUAGACGCAGAUCCGGACCUACCCGCGUCUCUGUCACUUCUAGACGCGGUGUUGUCAGCGGACAAUGCGGCCAUGCGUGCUGUGAGGGAGUACGAGCGAGCAGCACAGAGGAUGAAGGGCCGAGGUGCGUGUGUGAAUACGGUUUGUGGUUGUGGAGCAACUUGUAAAGGGGAUGAGAGCAGGGGUGAGGGGAAGGGGCAUUGGUUGGCAGGGCUAUCAUCGGACAAUGCCGCCAUGCGUGCUGUGAGGGAGUACAAGCGAGCAGCUCAGAGGAUGAAAGGCCGAGACCCCACCCCUCUUCAGAGGCAGCAGCGCUGCAGCGAGCCAUGGAUGGGGUGGAGGCGAUGGGGGCAUGGGACGUGGUGGCAGAGGCGGGGAAGAGGGUUGCUCAUUAUUCAACCCCCCUCCCCUACGCUCUCAACCCUACCCCUCAAAACCCCAAACCCCAAACCACCAGACCCCACCCCCUCGGAGGCAGCAGCGCUGCAGCGGGCCAUGGAUGGGGUGGAGGCGAUGGGGGCAUGGGACGUGGUGGCAGAAGCAGAGAAGCUGCUGGAGAUCCUCGGGCUGGGGGACGCUGCUCUCACCAACGGUGGUGGCGGUGGUGGCGGGGGGAUUAUGGAGCGGCAAGUUUCGUCGCUUAGUGGCGGGCAGAAGAAGAGAGUGGCCCUGGCUGCGACGCUGCUGGCAAAGCCAGAGCUGAUCAUUCUCGAUGAGCCCACCAACCACAUGGACGUGGCAGUCAUUGAUUGGAUGCAAUCCGCCCUCUCCGACCCCUCUCUCACCGUCGUCCUCGUCUCCCACGACCGUUACUUUCUCGACGCCGUCUGCACUCAAAUGCUCGAGAUCGACCGGGGGACCUCCUUCCGCCACUCGGGCAACUACACAAACUUUUUGGCUGCCCGGGCGAAGAGGGCGGUCGAAGAAGCCGCCGCGAUUGGCCGGGCAGCAAACACGCUGCGGCGGGAGGGGGAGUGGAUGCGGCGAAUGCCGAAAGCUAGAUCGACUAAGUCCCGGUCGAGAAUCGACCGGUUUUUGGCGCUUACUAAAGCAACGGCGGAGAAAAGGCAGCGGCAGCAGCAGGCGGCGGUGGGGAGUGUGGUGGAGAUGGGUAUGGGGGAGGCACGACUGGGUGGGAAGGUGUUGGAGUUGAGAGAUGCUACGGCAAUGCGAGGAGAGAGCACCGUGUUUGAAGGGUUUACGUAUGAGUUUGGUCGCGGGGAUCGGCUGGGAGUGGUGGGCCGAAACGGAGCAGGGAAGACCACUUUCCUAGACGCGUUAGCAGGCCUCCUGCCUCUCCCUUCCGGUACCAGAGAUGUGGGGGAGACGGUGGUGAUGGGCUAUUACACACAGCACAUGCCCCCCGUGCCGGACAACAUGAGAGUUCUCGACUUUGUUCAAAACUUCAACCCGACAGCUGCUGUCCUCGGCUCCUGGGGCUCCAUCCCUGCUGCAGCUGCCGCUGCUGCUGCUGGUGAUGGUUCUGCCUCUAGUUCUUCUCCCGUUGCUGCUGGUUCGGGUGGGGCUUCUAUGUCUGGAGGGAGUGGUUCGGACGAGCCUGUUUCCGCUUCGGAGCUUCUGGAGCGGUUUGGAUUUCCCCGGGCGAAGCAGUACGCCUGGGCGUCAAAGCUGAGUGGAGGGGAGAAACGGCGGCUGUUACUGGCAGCAGUGUUGGCGCAGCGCCCAAACUUCCUCAUGCUGGAUGAGCCCACCAACGACCUCGACUUACAAACCAUCGAGAGACCCAACUGCCUGAUGCUGGACGAGCCCACCAACGAUCUUGACCUGCAGACCAUUGAGGCUCUGGAGUCAUUCCUCUCAGCGUACGAGGGCUGUCUGCUAGUGGCCUCCCACGACCGGGCAUUCAUGGAUGCGGUGGUUGACCGCCAGUUCGUGCUGCAAGGGGACGGACAGGUGUUGCUUUACGACGGGCUGUUCUCGGAAUAUCUCGCUGACGCGCAGGAGCAAAAAGCGGAGAUGGAAAAAGAGGAGAAGGAGAGGGUUGCGGAGGAGGAGAGGAGGAAGGAGGCUGAAGCAAAGAGUGUGGCUGAGGAGCGGAGGAAGGGGGAGGAGGGAGCAGGUUCAGGUGGGAUUAAGGUGAAAGGGAAGUCGGCUCGGAAGAUGUCGUAUAUGGAGAGGAAGGAGUGGGAGCGGUUGGAAAAGGAGAUUGAGAAGUUGGAGAAGAAAAAGGUGGCGGUUGAGGCACAGCUGGAGGAGAAGAGCAAGGCGGGAGAUUUUGCGAUGCUCCAAGGGUUGUCCGAUGAGCUUGCUGCGCUGGGACAGGCUAUAGAGGCGAAAUCAGAUAGGUGGCUCGAGCUGGCAGAGCUAGCUGAGUAG